CUCUGCAUUAUACACAUGGUUUGAAAGGUAUACGACUUCGUGUCAGGCAGUCAUGAGAAAAACGAGAAAACAUUUUUUGGCGUGCAUAUGACACGCACUUUUUUUGCGUACACAUGACACGCGUAGCAUAAGCACGCCAAAAGCUAGUUUUUUAGGGUGGCGUUUAAUUAUAUGCAGCGGCGGAAACGACCUCCCAUGGUCUCCAUCACCCAACGCCUCAUUGUACGGGUUUAAGUGACUUUCCCCAGCACUGGCUGAAUGCUGCUGUUGUUCGCGUCUCCUCCUCCAUCCCGAGAUGACGCGCGGCUCUAUAUCUCCCGUCAGCUCUCCGCACUUCUCAGUCUACUAACUAGUAGACAGGGAGGAGGAGGAGGAGGAGGAGAGCAUGGACCCCGGGUUAUGGAUCCUGGAGCUGCUGGCUGUGUUUUUCUCGCUGGGCGCCUGCUUGUGCUCGCUGCUCACCCUCACGAUGCCGCAGUGGCUCACGCUUUCCACCGAGCUCCUGCCCACCGAGAACUUCCAGCUGGGGUUGUGGGAGACCUGCGUGGUGCAGGAUUACGGGAUGACCGAGUGCGUGCCGUACAACAGUCUCCUGGGUCUCCCGUCGGACAUCCGCCUGGCCCGGAUCCUGAUGUGCAGCAGCGUGGCGGCGGGCGCGCUCGGGCUCUCGGUCGCCAUCCCGGGCAUCAACCUGGUGAACGGCUGCGGGCGCGCGGAGAGCCACGGAGCCAAAAGGACCUUGAAGACGCUCGGCGGGGUCUUGAGCGUCGUCGCGGGCGUCCUCGGUCUCGCGCCCGUCUCGUACGUGGCGCACCUGACGGUUCUCCGGUUCUUCGACGAAAGCGUGCCGAGCGUGGUUCCUCGGUGGGAGUUCGGGGACGCGCUAUUCCUCGGCUGGACGGCUGGCUUUUUGCAUUUGGCGGCCGGUUUCUUGCUGCUCGCUUCUUGCUUGUUCGCGCAGGACGAGACGCGCGCGCCGCACCGAUCUCUAGCGCUGUACGGAGCUCCAGGGACGCGUCCGCGGCGCUCUCCGCGCGGGAGGACAGAAUAUGUGUGAGAUUAUUAAAGGACGCACAGUUUGCUUCAACUAAUCUUUUGCGGUUUGCACUGAAAUUAUCAGAUAUAUAUAUUCAUAGAUUGUAAAUAUAAUGCUGCUGUAUUUAGUUUGUGGACAGAUUAGACCGCAUAUUGUGAAUCAUUUGUGACCCCGGGGCGCAAAACCACUCAUAAGGGUCAGUUAAAUCAAAUAGUGAUUUAUGCACAAUAUAAUUGGACAAUAUUUGGCCGAGAUGCAACUAUUUGGAAAUCUGGAAUCUGAGAGCGAAGCCCUUAGCGAUGCAUUUGACGAAAUAUCUUCAUGGGACACGAUCCACGCCUAAUAGCCUAAUAAUGUUUGGCACACAAAACUUUUCUAUCCGUGCAAUGCAUUGUUGGCUAUUGCAGCAAAUGCACUUUCCCUGACUGAUUUUGUGGUCCAGGGUCACGCUUUAAAAGCUCAAACCCAAACCUGCACGUGAACGUGGUUCUAAUGAAAGCACACUAACGAUGCGAACUUUCCGAGAAAGCGCGACUUGGGUUUUUAUGACCACAAGGUCAUCCACGAGAGACAAUGUUAUGCUAAUUAUCCAAAAGAAAGCGAUUGUAUUCAAAAGAGAGCGACUGAACGAGAGGAGCGUUCUCUGAAAUCUUAAAGCGAAGUACCAAAGCACAUCCGUUUAUUUCAGGAGAUGAUUUUGCGGCUUUUUAGGUUUUUGCGCAAAUGCGAGUUUUGGGGCAACAUGCAUAUCCGGUCUCGUGAAAAUGCGUAUAAACAGCAUGCCAGGAAAAAAACGAAAACUCGUGGUAUUAAUAGACACACAUUGGUUUUGGCGUGAAUAUGACACGCAGUUCACGCAUAUACCAUUUUUUGACGUGUCUAUACCAAGUUUUCAUUUUUAUUUGGCCUGCUAUUCAUGAGAUCGGGUAGCAAUAUAAAAAAAUAAAUUAAUUUAUAUCGUUAAUGCAAUUCUAUUCGUGUUUUGUAACAAACAGGGGAUAAUAAUGCAUUCUGUAUUUGGCACAUGUUGUCGCAUUCUUUACUUGCAUAAAAAGAGUUACCUGCUCAAAAGAAAAAAAAAUUAUAAUAAACUAGUUUAUACUUUUAAUCAGAUCAGUGACAAAGAAACAGCGAGAAUUUUUCACUUUUAUUUUUGCGUCGCGAUUUUAAGUAGACUUUUUAUGUUCCUCUCGAACCUUUGAAUGGCCUUGCUUAUAUUAUUAAGGAAAUAAAUAAAAAUUAUAAUGAUUAAAAAAAAAAAACGUGCUGCUGAAAAGCAAGAGCUGGAAUCUUUUAAGCAGAUUUUCAGUGCUGUAAAAAAAAAAACUGGUUUAAAGUCCUGCUUUUACAAAAACCGCCAGGUGCAAUAAUAUAAUAUGCAAUAAUAUCAUCUCACGGAGAGCUCGCUGAAAGAAACAAUGACGGGUGACCUUCGGUUAUCUUCACUGAAACAAAACUGCGUUGCAAAAGACAAUUAUCGUGCAGGAGAAAGCCAGAGUUCGUGAUCUGUGAAGUGUCCCGAUGAACCCGACAGAGCAGCGUUCUUCACCAGGACUCUGUCUUUGAUCAUCUUUCAGCUCCUGGAGGUCCGUCUCUCGGCCCGGUCCCGGGUCCACGCCGUCAACUCAAACGUUCUCAUUGUUGGCGUUCCACAAUGGACUCAUUAUGACUUUGUAUGCUAAUCUUCCCAUCUUUACGUACAAAGGUUUGUUCACUAUCAGGAGCACAUGGCGCCGACGACUUCCUGCCCACUUCCUUUAUGAUAAUGAGGCGUGAUGAAA